AUGGGCAACCGGGGCAACGAAGAUCAGCAUGUACGGGUACCAAGGGUGGAGGUGCAAGAUGAGGGGUUCACCAUCCUCCAUGACUUUCCCCAUGCUGUGGCAGACAUCGUUCUAAUUCACGGCCUGCAAGGCCAUCCGAAGAAGACAUGGUACUACGGUGACUAUGAAGACCCACGAAAGUCAAAGCCGAGCGUGUUUAGUCGCUUCCACAGGGAAGUCGAUCGUGAUAAGGACUGCUUCUGGCCUGAAGACCUCCUUCCUCGCGACUUUGCGAACUGCCGCAUCAUGACAUACGGUUACGACUCCCAUGUCAGCCAUUUCUUUGCCGGCGCGGCGAAUCAGGGCACCAUAACGGAUCAUGCGACCAGUCUACUUCACGACCUCUGCGGAAGGCGAACCACCCACAGUUGCAGGCGGAGGGCCAUAGUCUGGGUCGCGCACAGUCUGGGCGGGUUGCUUUUGAAGGAGGUGUUGAGGCUUUCGUGGCAGGCACCAGGAGAGGAGCUGCACGAAGUCUAUCAACAGACAAUUGCUACACUCUUUCUCGGUACACCGCAUCGAGGCAGCGAUUUAGCAGAGUGGGGCCUCAUGCUAAAAGCUGCAGCGAACGCCAUCCUGUUCGACACGAAUCGCUCGAUCCUCAGACAGCUGAAAGUUGACUCGGUAAUUCUUGACAGGUUGAUUGAUGACUUCGCCCGCGUCUACGAACAGAGCAAGUUUGAUGUCUACACGUUUCGGGAAGGAAAGCGCCUCGAUAUUGGUCUAAUUACCAUGGAUAAAGUUGUCAGGGAUUCGUCAGCUCGGAUAGGCUAUGGGAGAGAGCAGAUCGACAUGAUCAAUGCGGAUCACAGGCACAUGUGUCGCUUCUCUGGGUUCAAAGACAAUGGUUACCUCAAGGUCUUCAAUGCGCUUUCAAAGUCAAUCAAAACCAAAGCUGUUCCAGAAUAUGCUCGCGACGAAAAGUAUAUGCAAGCUAUCAGGGACUUACCUGCGCCUGAAACUCAGCUCCGGUAUGACCAAGUGGAGCCGGCCCUUGAGGGAACCUUUGAAUGGCUCUUCACCAAGGAAUCACUAGGUUUCGAAGCCUGGUUACGAUCGGAUAACCCACUUUACUGGAUCAGAGGCAAGCCAGCCUCGGGGAAGUCUACUUUGAUGAAGAUGGCCCUGAAAGAUCCACGGACGGCAGCGGCGCUGGAAAGAAGCGAUACGAAAUGUUCUACAGCGUCAUUCUUCUUCCAUGAUCGUGGCGCCUAUAUUCAGAAGUCAUUCGAGGGUCUGCUCAGGGCUAUCCUUGACAAGAUCUUGUCUGACAUUCCUGAACUGAUGGGAUCAGUCUAUGAAUCUUUCCGGGGCGAAACUGAUAGAAUAAAUUUCCAACGCUUUCGGUGGACGACCGACUUUCUCAUUGCUGCAUUUGAUUCCAUAUUGCAGCAGCGAAACUUGGCUGCAUCUAUUUCCCUCUUCUUAGAUGCACUGGAUGAAUACGCCGGCGAUCGUGCACAUAUAGUUGAGUUCCUCCAAGCCCUCACCAAGAAACGAAAGUCUUCUGUGACCCUCAAGAUUUGCUUCUCCAGCCGUAUGGAACAAGUAUUCCUGGAUAAGCUCUCAGACCUUCCCGGAUUUCAUAUCCAUGAACACACUGACGGCGACAUAUCUCUUCUUGUCAACGCGAAAUUUGCCGCUAAUGGCCGAAUGCAACGAUGCCUAGAAAAUGGAACGGAUAAGGAGAAAGAAGCCGCCCAGAAGCUUAAAAGCAAAAUUCUUUCUCUAGCUCAGGGGGUAUUCUUAUGGAUCAAGCUUAUUCUCGACGAGCUUCUACCGGAGUUCACGGACGGCAAAAGCCUCAGUGACCUACACAAAACAUUGGAUACAGUGCCAACUGAUCUCCACGAGUUCUACCAGUACAUUGUCGAAAAGCGCAUCAAUCCGAAGUACAUGGAGGAAAGCAGCAUCGUCUUCGAACUGGUGAGAUUCGAUGAAAUGUACCGUUUUGUCAGGAGUAGGUCUGGUAACCUCGUUGAGAUCAGACAUUCUAGUGGUCAUUGUGGUGGUGAACUAUGGCAACCGUCACAGCUUGAUGCGACAGACACGAACUUGGCCUCUUACAAUGUCCAAUUCCUACAUCAAAGCGUCAAGACGUUCGCAGGCAAGAGAUCUGCCGUCAACUUAGCCGCUCAAGUCCCACAGAAGAGAAAUGGUUUUCUCUAUCUUUUGAAACUAGAAGUUGUUGUGGAGAUCGAUAAAGAGACGGCAGAGCACGAGAUCCCUGAGAUAGUCGAUCUCGUGGGAUUUGCUACUCUCGCCGAGUUGCCGCGAACACUAGAGGACUUGUUGAGGACAGCAAAUCCCCAGGAUUCGCAGCGAUGUCUUCAGAGCUUCUGCCGGUACUACCUGCACAGAGGCCCUAUGUCUAAAGAAACAUCCAACAUGGUUCUCAAAGAGCUUCUGAAAUACAGCAGCAACAGAAAAGCUCUAGCUGUUAUCAAGGAUCUUAUUUAUGCUCCACAUAGCGCUCGACACCGAGAUAGCUACUCUGGCAGGCUCCUCCUGGCCGCAGGUGUAGAUUCAAAUAAAUUCAGGUUCCGCGGUUAUUUCCACGGAGUUUCACUUCUCUUGCAACAAUUCUUCGAGAAUGGGAUUAAGGUCAGCACCCCCAUUCCUACGCGAUGGCUGGACCCUACCGACGGUCACUAUUGGCCCUCUUGGACGCUGAUGCUUCAUGUUGCCGCGUCACACUGGUCUACCAGGGAACUAGUCGAUGCUGUUCUAGGCGCGAAGGGUGUCGAUAUCAACGCGUUAGAUGGUAAGGGCCAUACAACGCUGGAUUAUGCGCUAUACUCAUAUGGCUUUAGCGUCAGAACAGUUUUCAAGACACAGAAAGGUGAUGAUAAGAGUGAUCACGACUUCGACCAAUACACGGAUCGAGAGUGGUACAACGAGCGCUUCAACGUUGCUACACGCCUUAUUGAUCGGGGAGCGAAGGUCUCCGGACUGUAUAAGAAUCCGCAUCGCUUGAAGUCUACCGAUUUGGACCAGCUACUUCUUAUUCGGUUGCCAAUAGACACAAGGCUUCUGUUCCCUCCAACCCUUGCUGGCGGGGCCGUGGCCGAUGCGAUACUUGAAAAUCCCAUUGAUGACGAGUGGUGGGACAUGAUGAGGAAGAAAAUAAAGGAGAGACUGAUAUAUUAUAUAGGGGGUAACAAAACCGAAAGUGUCUCUGAGCUUCACGACUCUGGCCAGUAG